AUGGCAGCGGCAAGGCCUUCAGAAGCUCUUCGCUGCCUUGACUGGCAUUUCGCUCCUGCAGAAGGUCUCUUACUCGGAGACUGCCCGCUUCCACAGCAGCAAGGAGCAUCCAGUGAACGGGCAGGUGAUGCACCCUCUGAUCUGGAACUUGACCCGCUUCCACCCCUUCUGGGCGCUGAUCGAGAUGACGAUGGGCAUCGUCGCGGCCAGGCACGUCAUGCUGGACACGGAGGAGGACAAGAAGAAGCCGACCACGAACCCCCUGUGGCUCUUCAUGGCGGCUUACGCUUCCCUGGGUCUGCGCUUGACCAAGUUCGACUUCAACGAUGCGAUCAUUCGUGGCUUGAUCUUUGUCCCGAUCUUCACGAAGUUCCUGACGCAGAUGCACAGGGAUGCGCUCUCUGCGAAUCCGGCAGCCAUCACACGCUUCUUCGGCUCCAAGCCGAUGGCCACGCUGGGCUCCAUCGCCUUCCCGAUGUUCAUCCUGCACGGCCCAAUUGGACAGAUCUUCUACAAGAAGGUUCUGGCCAAGCGGAUCUGGGGUGCUCCGAUGCCGACGUCCUUCUUCCC